AUGCAGCAGUACACCAUCGUCAUCAAGCUAGGCACGUCGUCGCUAGUGGACGAACACACGCGCGAGCCGCGCAUCGCCAACAUGGCCAACAUCGUGGAGACCGCGGUCCGGCUCCGGCGCGCCGGGCACCGCAUCAUCCUCGUGUCGUCCGGCGCCAUUGCCUUCGGCAUGAAGCGCGUGGGCUUGGCCGAAAAGCCCACGCAGCUCGCCGCGGUCCAGGCGCUCGCGUCCAUCGGCCAGGGCCGGCUCAUCGGGCUCUUCGACGACUUGUUCCGCCAAGUGGGCCAGCCCGUGGCGCAGGUCUUGCUCACGCGCAACGACAUCAUCGACUACACGCAGUUCCGCAACGCCACCAACACGCUCCAGCAGUUGCUCGCCAUGGGCAUCAUCCCCAUCGUCAACGAGAACGACACGCUCAGCGUGGCGGAGAUCAAGUUCGGCGACAACGACACGCUCUCGGCCAUCACCGCGGGCAUGGUGCACGCGGACUACUUGUUCCUCAUGACCGACGUGGAGUGCCUCUACACGGCCAACCCGCGGCACGACCCGGCCGCGCAGCCCGUGGUGCUUGUCAAGAACAUCGCGGACUUGGCCGUGGCCACGGACGCGGGCGCGGGCGCGGGCUCGCAGGUGGGCACGGGCGGCAUGACCACCAAGUUGAUCGCCGCGGAGUUGGCCACCAACGCCGGCGUGACCACCAUCAUCGCGCUCCUGUCGCGGCCGCAGUGCAUCUUGGACAUCGUGGCGCACAUCCACGCGACGGACGCCUCCGCGGACGAGGCCACGCAGCGCCGCGCCAUCGACCAGGCGAUCGCCGCGGGCUCGAUCCCGCUCCACACGCGCUUCUUGGGGCUCCCCCGCCACGCGCAGAUCCGCUCGGACCGCCGCUUCUGGCUCCUCCACGGGCUCCGCACCAAGGGCAUCUUGUACAUUGACCAGGGCUGCUUCGAGGCCAUCACGCGCAAGGACCGCGCGGGGCUCUUGCCGGCCGGCGUCGUGGCCGUGGAGGGCUCCUUCCACGAGAGCGAGUGCGUGUCCGUGCGCGUGGUGCCGCACGCCGAUGGCCCGCUCUCGGCCGCGGUGGAGGUGGCGCACUGCCGCGUCAACUACAGCUCCGUGGAGAUCGACAUGAUCAAGGGCAAGAAGAGCCGCCAGAUCGAGGACAUCUUGGGCUACGCGGACUCGGAGUACGUGGCGCACCGCGACAACUUGGCCUUCCCGCCCAGCUUGCCGCCGCUGACGGACGAGCUCGUGCUCUCCAAGUUGAUUCCGUGA